AGGUCGCCAUUUGCUUCAAGAAUUGAAAUUAUCGAGCCAUGUAGGCCGGAAAUCUUUCACUUCUGUUGCCCGUAUUGUGGCCUUUUGUACACCUUCCUUAUAUAUUGUGGUUUGUAGAUAUGGAGGAGAAUGCUAGCUCUACAGAAAAUCUGGUUUUCGCUCACACUUUCGAUCAUGAACAACUGCAGAAUAACCGCGAAGGUAUGACGGCUUACAGCCUACUUAACCCAACGUACUGCGCAUAAAAAGGCAGUAUAUAAUGAUUUCCUUUCUUGAUAUUUUAUCCUUAGUGUUGGCUCGUCGGCUUCAGCUUCGUAGGCCACGAGAAGAGCUCGUUAAUCAAGGGAUCAUGCCAGGUUAGCUAGCCAUAAGUUUUCUCGAUCACUUUGACAAUUGUAUAUAUGCAACGACAACCAUUUUGUGAAAACAUAUCACUUAAGUUUAUAUGGUUUUGUUUUCUAGCGGUGUCUGCAGCCCCUAUUAUCCUGCAACAGAAGUCGAAACUUGAAAGAGCUCGGGUACUUUAUUUUGCUUUGUAAAUGUUUGUAAAUGACCACCAUUUUUAAGGGAAAUAGCAGCAAAUGAAAGUUUAUUUUCAAAAUGAUAUUAACACAUCACAAAGUCGUUUACGGCGAGUUGUCUUUCAUCAUUUAACGGCAUAAACUUUCGUUUGCUGUCAAGUACCUUUGCAGUUAACUGUAGUUUUGUCUUUCCUGUCGUAGAAAAGCGAUAUUUUGCAAAGGAAAAUCCGCGUGCGACCAGACAGGAGUCAAUUAAUACAACGACACAUCCUCGAAGGUAGGGUAUUAAUAUUGAGCAUUAAACAACAAAGACUGACACUGUCAAGCUUUGUUGUACAUUACUAUUACCCCGAAAAGCAGUUAAUAUUUAGAUAUUAUACUGCGCUGACAUUUAUAUUGUACAAUUAUAAAAUAUCACGGGUUAUUUGCGGUUAAAAGUAGACAUUAACGAUUGACAAACACAAUUAUAUGAUGGGUUUUUUAUAAAUAAAAUCACGACCAAAUAUAUACAAAAGUUUAUAAUUAUAUAAACAGCAUAGUUAUACAAAAGUGCAAAUACAUCUCGUCUGUGUUAAACUAUUUAACAAUUUACUGUGUACAGUAAUGUAAUGCUUCGUUUUGCGGCCAGUACUAUUUAUAUAAGAUUAUAUUAAACAAAUGUUUUUUCGAUUUAUAUAAUUUAAGGGGGUAAUUACUAACACUGGUCAAAGCAUAAAUAUGUAGAAAGUUCCACAUAUUCAUAUACAAGGAAGUUGUACAUGAAUUAAAUAGCUAGUAGUUUUGUUAUAAGUUAUAAGGAUGUCAGUGUUUUGUGUGUAACUGUACCAAACAGGAAGCAUUUUCUCAUUAUUUGUCUGCAGAGGAAAGCUGUUCAGCCUGUUAUACUAGUUUGUUAUUGUUACUAAAUUUAAUAUAUAUUAUGCCUUGAGGACAUGGGGGGCCACUGUAGGUAGCAUCCCACAAUAAGCUGCUGUGGUUUGUGUUUGAACUACCUCUGUACCUGACAUUUUAAGGAAACGCCUUUUGUCUGGGAGUAUUGGGGCAGCAAAUAUUGUUUUCAACAGGGUCCCACCAAAUAUUGUUCUUCAUCAAUCAGGUCUAUGGGAUAUUUCUGUAUUCAAUCUGUAUCGAUACUAAACUUUUAAUAGUGUGGAAUGUCAGCAGUAUGGUACCUGAUUGAUUAUAGGAUUUUUGCACUAGUGAUUGACCGAUUGUGCGACAAUUGGGAAUUACCGAUUAUGCCACAAUCUGGCCGAUGCCGAUCCUCGCCCUAUGGGCUCAGUCUGUAUAAAAAAGACCUUGGUCCGAUAUUUUUCUGUAAAGACCUCGUGCUAGGUUAACAAAAAGUUAAUAUUGCGUUAAAAGGCAACAUGUAUCAGCAUGCAAUGUAUAUAAUUUAUAAGUGUAUUUUCUCAACAAUUGGUUUUAGACAAUCGGAAAUAUAGAUAAUUCUACCGACUCUGAUUGUUUACCGAUAAGGCAAAAGUUGGCCCAAUGCCGACACCGAUUAUUGGUCAGUCACUAUUCUCCACAACAUAUAACUAAUUAUGUCUAUGAAAAUUUUAUCACCUGAUAAGGAGAGCCCUGUUCAAAAGCAAAUCAUACUGCUGUUUGCAAGCUACCAUUAGGCGUACGAUUUUUUUCAUGUUUGUUUACGUUUUAAACGUUCAGGUUUUGACCGGAAAACGUUAGCGUUUUGAGCAAGCCAAUCAACGUUUGCCACAAUCUUAGCAAAGUUUCAUUGAACACACCGCCAAACGUUGAUUGGCUUGCUCAAUACGUUAACGUUUUCCGGUCAAAACCUGAACAUUUGAAACGUAAACAAACAUGAAAAAGUCACACGCCUAUUGGUAGCUUGCAAAUGGCAGUAAGCUACAGAUGCUGAAACAGGUGAUGAAUAGUCCACAAUCGUUUUUAUUCUAGACAAUGAUUUUUUAGGAAAUGUCACAAUAUUACUACAAGAACAUUUUAUUAGAAAUGUAAAAUUGCCAGUUGCUGGUUGGCAACCUGCUUUCAUUUUAACAGACAUCCCAAACACUGAAGCUAAUAAUUUGGGAGACGUACUGUUCAAUGAGUUCCAAAGCAAAGAGGAAUCUAGUUGUUCUGGGGAAAAUAAUGAAAAUUGAAUCUUCUAAAAUGGCAUUUCAUCCCAUUUUGGGAAUAUGUUGUUAUAAGUGAUCCUAUAAAUUAUCAUAACGUAACUUCAUAAAAAGCUCAAGACAAACUUUUAUGAUGUUUCCUGAAUAUUCUGAGAAUUUGAUAAAGAUUGGGAGACCGGCAGAUUGCAUGGAUUUUCAGGAGACUCCUGGGAAAAUCG